GUCGUAAAGUUGAUCCACGUACAAGAAAAUUACAUGCGAAAGAAAAGGAAUUUGGAUCAAAAGGAUUUGUUGAAUCUUUCAGAAUAGCAUCACCUUCUGGAAUGAUAGAAGAUAUUUUAGGCGAUUAUAUGAAUACAGACGUAGAUAUUGUAAAUGAUGAUCUUGUCAGCCAAGAAUUUAAUUUUCUUGUUAUGGGCCCAAAAUCAUCUGAUGAUCCUGCCAGUGACCAAGAAUUUAAUUUUUUUAUUACGAGCUCAAAAUCAUCUAAAGGAAAGCAAAAACAAUUAGAAUCCGGUUAUGAAGAUAAAGAUGCAAAAAUACCAUUUACGAAUAUCAAUCAGGAAUUCGCAUAG